CCCCAGCUCCGGCAGGGACGCUCCUGCACGGGUAUGGCGGGGCGGCCACCCUUCCUCUGCGGCGUGGUGGAAGGUUUCUAUGGGAGACCGUGGUCUAUGGAACAGAGGAAACUUCUCUUUCAAUGGCUGAAGCGCCGGGGGCUAAACUGCUACAUGUAUGCGCCCAAGGAUGAGCUGAAGCACCGGCUGCUCUGGCGGGAGCCCUACACAGAGCAGGAGGCAGCCCAUAUGCAGUCUCUCAUCAAAGCUGCCCAAGAGCAGAGCGUGGAGUUUGUUUUUGCCAUUUCUGCUGGCCAGGACAUGGUGUUUUCAAGUGCUGGGGAUCAGCUCCUGCUACAGCAAAAACUCAGGCAGGUGGCUGCCAUGGGGUGCCAUGCCUUCGCGUUACUCUUUGAUGACAUCGACCCCUGCAUGUGCCAAGCUGACAGAGAUGUCUUCCCCUCCCUGGCACAGGCUCAGGCCUCUGUGGCCAACGAGAUGUACAGGAGGCUGGGCCAACCCUCCAUCUUCCUCUUCUGCCCUACAGAGUAUUGCAGCUCCCUGUGCUCUCCCAGUCCUGGUCAGUCCCAUUACUUGCUGACCCUUGGACAGGAGCUGCUCCCCGGGAUCAGUAUGGUUUGGACAGGCCCAAAGGUGGUGUCACAGGAGCUCUCAGCCACGCUGCUGGAGGAGGUGGAGGGUGUCCUUCGGCGCCGCCCCAUCAUCUGGGACAACCUGUAUGCCAAUGACUAUGACUGCAGACGUGUCUUCCUGGGCCCCUACACUGGACGUGCUCCAGGCCUCAUGGCCAGGCUGGGUGGAUUGCUCCUUAACCCCAAUUGUGAGCUCCAGGCCAACUUCAUUCCCAUACACACACUGGGCACCUGGUUUCAGAGCGAGCUGCGGAGCUGUGCCCACCUUGAUCACACAGGGAUGUACACUGUGGAAGCUCUGGGGGACAGACAGAGUGCACCAGAGGGGAGCUACAGCCCUCAGGAGGCCUUGGAGCUGGCACUGCUUGACUGGGUGGCUGAGAUAAAUCAUCAGACCUUAGAGCCAGGAGGAAGGACCAUGGCACACCCAAGCAUUAGCCUCAAGGGAGGAAAGUGGCUUCAGACUGGCCCAGCAGGAGGACAGGAGACCAUGCCCAACUCCCAGCCUGAUGACUCUGCUCCUAGUGGGGCAGACCAGAGGCCUUGUGGUGUGGCACCAGAGAAUGGAAGGAAGAUGACCUCAAAGGCUGAGAACGACAGUGGGAGCAGGACCUCUGCUAGCCAUCACCAAAGCCUCACAGGGGAUGGGGACCAGCUCACCACAAGGAGCAGAGAGAGCUGCAAGCCCUCCUCUGCUCUGCCCAGCACAGCUGGGAGUGUUCAGCCCUCAGGAACCCCGGUGGCUACUGAGACCCUUCAAAGCCCAGUCUCUGCAAUGUGCUGCAGCAGUGGGGCCAACAGCAGCCAGGGCCUUCCCCUACCCACCUGUGAUGCCAGGACGAGUGGUGACAGCCACCUUCAGGUCCCCAGCAGUACCCAGCCUGAGGACAACAGGGUUGACAUGCCUCAGGCACCCCCAGGGUCUGGGGCUGACACCAGCCCUGGCCCCCCCUUACCACUCAGUGAUGGGGCUGGAACCAGCUCUGGACACCCAGCAGCUCUCACUGAUGGGGCUGGUGGCAGCCCUGGCUCCACAGCACCAUUGACACCAGAGGAAAAUGGGUCCAGCCCCGUGGCCCUGCCAACUCUAGAGGAGGCCAGGUCCAGCCCCACAGCAUCUGUGACCCCAGAGGUGGCCAGGUCCAGCCCCAUGACACCUGUGAUCCCAGAAGAGGCCAGGUCCAUACCUUCAGUAUUGCUGACCCUCAAGGAUGCCAGGUCCAAUCCCACAGCACCACUAACUCUGGAGGAGGUGCGGAUGCUGGUGGAGCUCUUCUACCUUCCCUACAAUCAUGGGCCACAGGCACAGCAUAUUCUGGAGAACUUUCGUUGGCUCUGGAAUAACAGCUUCAGCGUGGGGAUCCCAGCCACAGUUACUGAUACCUGUGGGGGCAUGCAGUGGCGCAGCCAAGCCCGGGCCUUCCAGCUCCUCUGUGCUCAGACAUGUCACCUGCACAGCCGCUUCGUCAGCAGUGCUGGACGGGUGCUGCUCUAUGACCUCCACCCUUACCUCUGGAGUGUGCGCAACAUACUGCUGGCUGCCAGUGCCUUCAUCCUCUGGCUGGAUGGCCACCUGCUCUGUGACCCUGGCCCCAAAGGCACCUGGGGAAGCUGCUUUGGCUGGUGCCAGAGCAUCACCACUCCAAUCCUGCUGGCAGGGGAUGCUGAGCCCUGGGUGCACCGUGGGGGCCUCUUUGGAGAGCUGCAGGAGCUGCUGCCCGUGGGGAACAGCUGUGACCUCUUCUACCACCCACCUCCACUCUUCCCAUGCAGUCAGCUGUACCUUCUGCGCCCACUGCUGCCCCUGGACAAGGGAGAGCUUUACCGAAUGUGCCGGGAGAGUCUGGACUGUGACCCCAAAGUUGCAAAGAUCCUUGCAGCCCACCCUGAUCUCCUUGGUGACAGGCUUCUGGGCAGCUUCCUGAGCCUCAGCCCUGAGUACACCUUUGUGCUGGAGGAUGAGCAUGGUCUCUGUGGCUAUGCAGCUGGAGCACUCUGUGCUGAAGGCUUCCUGCAGCAGCAAGACAGCAGCUGGCUGCCGGCCAUACGGCACAAGUACCCCCGAGACCUGGGUGCAGGUGCUCCAGCUCUGGGACAGGAUGCUUUGGAGGAAGCACUGCUCUUCUUCCACUCAGAGCCACCCUCUGUGCCCCUGCCUGUGCUGCGGCGCUUCCCGUCUCUGGUGCAGCUGGGCACGGCCCCCCGAGUGCUGGACGUGGGUGCCAGCCACAGCCUGGCCAUCUGCCUGCUGAGCGCACUCAGGGCCAAUGGGUCACGGGGAGUGCUUUGCCAGGUCAGUGCCACUGACAGACAGCAGCUGAGCUUCUACAACAAGCUGGGCUUUGUUGCCCUGCCAGUGUCCUGGGGCAACUCCGCAGGCGUUCAGCUCCUGGGACGUCUCCUCUGAGCACGCUGCAUGGGACAAUAGUGUCAAUGGACAGGCUGACUCCCCAGGCUGGGCAGCAUCA